AUGGAAGGUGGAAGUUCGUUCAGCCGAAGGUCGUGGGCGUCGCAGUCUUUACGCGUCACUGCCAGGGAGCUCUCAUUGGUCAGCACGCGAGGCAAGACCAACGCCAUCGCAGAGCGUUUCUCCAAGUACCAGAGAGCUGCUGAGGGGUCUAAUGCAGAGAAGAAGAAAUCAGUGGAGAGCCUGCAUCCCACCCUGCGUUCAGGGAACCUGAGUGUUCUGAAGAAGCGCUGGGAGCAGCCAGGUCCUCGCCAAGACAGACCCGCCCCGCUAUCCAACGGGCCACCCUGUGCCCGCCUCUCCCCCUCUGCCGUACCAAAACCAACCCCCCUGACCGAGCACCUUCCCCCAGCCAAGUCUCCGGAAUCCCUGAACACUCAGGGUGGUCAAAGCACAGCCAUCAGCCGCUUCCAGUAUCCUGCAGCAGCAGCUAUAGCCGAGGAGGGACAGAGAGGGAUGGAGAAGAAAGCGCAGCAGCCAAGCGAGCGAGAGGAGGAGAAAGAGCUGAUGCAGGUGGAAGACGAGGUGGUGCCACCCAGCCCCUGCACACCCAUCGAGAAACCCAGCGUGCCUCUCAACAGCUUGAAGAUGUUGUUUGAGAAGGGAGAGGGCACCAAGGGAAAGGUGAGGACAGGACUACACAGCAGCUCCUCCGAGGACAUGGACCAGAGACUAGGAGUGUUGUCCUCUGACAGAGUGGUUGAGACCACCUCCCUGAAGGAAAGAAUGGCCAAGUACCAGUCAGCCGCUACCAAAAAGGGCCCACUAGCACGCACUACCAGUCAGUCAGAGCGAGAGGAUAACAGCCUGAAGGAGAAUGUGCCCCCUAGUGGUGUGGCUGUGAGCCAGGCUUUAGAGUCCUACAGCAGAAAAGUUGCUGUAGCAGAGACCAAUGGGGAUGGCAUGGACAAAUCUAGUUUUAAGGGUAGUACCUCAUCUUCAUCCUCAGUCCACAGUGACUUGCCCAAGGCAGCCUGGAAGUUCUGCCUUUCCGUGAGGGAGACGUGCAUUACGUGCCUAAAGACAGUGUACCCGCUGGAGAGGCUGGUGGCCAACACCCAGAUCUUCCACACCACCUGCUUCCGCUGUCUCCACUGCAACACCAAACUCAGCCUGGGGAGCUAUGCCUCUUUACAUGGUAAGGUCUACUGCAAGCCCCACUUCAGCCAGCUGUUCAAGGCCAAAGGCAACUACGACGAGGGCUUUGGCCGCCGCCCCCACAAGGACCUGUGGACGCCCCGUGCCGAGGAAGAGGAGGAAGAAGGAGUAGACCGGGUAACACCACUCUCCCCAGCCAAGCAGUCCAGCCCCACGGUGGAGGAGUUUCCCCUGGCCAAGGUGACAGACCUGACUGCCUCUCACGAGACACACAGCCACAUUUCCUCCGCCGAGAAAAUACCAGAGGCCCGCAGGCUUAGGGUUGCCUGGCCCCCUCCUGCUGACAGUGAUGCUGGAGCCUCUCCUGCUCUGGAGGGUGGUGGUGUGGGCCGGCCCUGGAGGGCCAAGUGGCCCCCGGAGGGCGAGGUGUCAUCGUCCACCCUGAGCCCCGACAGGGCCGAGCUGAAGAGCCUCAGGAGGAGCUCAUCUCUGAAGGAGCGCAAUCGGCCCUUCUCGGUGGCCCCCAGCCUCACCAACACCAAUGCCCUGGGGCCACGGGAGCACCGCCAGCCCCUCAAAUCCCUGAUGGAGAGGAGGGGGUCGCUGGAGGACAGCUGCUCCACGCUUAAGGAACCAGAACCCCAACUCCAGAGGGGGAGAGAGGAGGAGAAAGAGGGGAGCAGGUCCACACCGCCCAGCAGCAGUGCGGUGAACGGAGAGAUCAGCUGCGAGGAGGUAGAGAGUCUCCCAGCAACGCAGGACAAGAAAGAAGAGCCGAUGAAGAAAGGAAAAGAAGCAGCAAUGGAGGAUGAAGAGGAAAGGGCUUCUUUAAAAUGCGAAAGUGCCUCUCCAGACAUCUUAGCAUCUCCGCCCCCGCAGCCCAAACACAACCGCAGCUCCCAGGACGUGGGCUUCUGGGAGGGGGAGGAGGGAGGCGAAGGGGAGGGGGAACAGCUCACCAUAGAGGAGAUGAUCAAGAGGAACCGCUAUUAUGAGGAAGAUGAGGAGGAAGAGGAAGAUGACGUCUGA